AUGGCUCGUGUCUAUGCCGAUGUCAACGUGCGUUUGGGGCCCUCUUGGUAUGAUUAUGAGAGCUUGAGCGUAGACUGGAAUGUCCCCGAUAGAUAUGAGAUCGUCCGACGGAUCGGUGGCGGCAGGUAUUCAGAGGUGUUCGAGGGCAUCGACUCCUCCAACGAAGAGUCCUGUGUCAUCAAGGUCCUGAAACCCGUCGCAAAGAAGAAGAUCAAGCGGGAAAUAAAGAUCCUUCGCAAUCUCGCCGGUGGCCCGAACGUCAUCAGACUCAUGGACAUUGUCCACGAUCCACCUUCUCGCUCAAACAGUCUCAUCAUGGAGUAUGUCGAGAACACGGAGUGGAAGGAGAUGUACGCCACAAUAACGGAGAUGGAGAUCAAGUUCUAUCUCUUCCAGUUGCUGAGGGCGUUGGACUUCGUCCAUUCACGUGGGAUCAUCCAUCGGGAUGUGAAGCCGGGUAACAUCAUGUUCGACCGCACCCGUCGUAAGCUGCGCCUGAUCGACUGGGGCUUGGCGGAGUUCUAUCACCCCGGAACUGAGUUGCACAUUCGCGUUGCAUCUCGGUACUACAAAGGUCCAGAGCUCCUUGUGGGCUACAAGCACUAUGACUAUAGCUUGGACAUCUGGAGCGCCGGCUGUAUUCUGGCUGCGAUGCUCUUCCGCCGCGAACACUUCUUCCGCGGAAGGGAUAACGAGGAUCAGCUGCUCAAGAUCGUGAAAGUCCUCGGAACGGACGAUUUUGAGCGGUAUCUGACUCAGUACCGGCUCUUCUUCCAAACCUACAACGACGAUUUGCUGCAAAGCUAUGUGAAGCAGCCCUGGAACAGGUUUGUCACAGCGGACAACAAGCCGAAUGUCAGCGCCGAUGGCAUCGACCUUCUCGACAAGCUCCUGCGCUACAACCACCUCGACCGGCUCACCGCGUCCGAGGCGCUUGCGCAUGGUUUCUUCAGUACGUACAUUCUCGUGUGCCCUCCCACAGCCACCCCCUGUCACGCCUGUGAUAGACCUAUUUCAAGCCACCUAUUCUAUCCUCCCAGUGGCACAGAUGAACUGAUGAAUGGUCCUUACCUUUUCUCGCCCCGUGCCUCGCGGUUAUGCACCACAGAUGCCGUACGCCUCGAGACGCCCUCUAACCCCGCCGAGUGCGUGAGCGACUCGGGAUUCUAUUCGACAUGA